CGUUAGUGUGCGCAGUCAUGAAAGUGUUUGUAAACACUAUGCUCACCACAUCCCUACAGAAGGUGAGUGAUGGGCGAGGGUACUGGAUUCUUACCGGGUACUCGAAUUGGAUGUGGCCCCUCACAUUUGUCUGACCAGAACUCUGCAACUUUCAUGAAUGCUGACCGCAUAGUGGAUUACUUGCUUUUUAGUUGAAGGAAUGUGUGGACAAACAUCUAGUUCAAGUCCAUACCCAAUGAAUAACUCUAAUUCCAACGGAAACAUUUUCAUAUAUGACAGCUUCUUGCAUAGUGAUUACAUCAAGUAACCCCCUUACGUACCACCUUGGUUAAACAAGAUGCCUUGGCCUUUCUCGGAGUCAAUAAAGAAGCGAGCAUGCAGAUACCUGUUACAUCGUUACCUGGGCAAUUUCCUUCAGGAAAAGCUAAGCUUGGACCAGCUAAGUUUGGACCUUUAUCAGGGAACAGGCUCGCUUGCCCAGGUUCCAUUAGACAAAUGGUCUCUCAAUGAAAUCCUUGAAUCAGUGGAUGCACCAUUUGAGGUGACAGAGGGCUUCAUCCAGACUAUUUCACUUACUGUGCCAUGGGCCUCCCUGCUCCAAGAGAACUGUGCUCUGGAGGUGAGAGGCUUGGAGAUGGUGUUCAGACCACACCCUCGCAUAGCAUCUGGCGUGGAGCCCAUGUAUUGGUCCAGCUUCAUGACCAGCAGUAUGCAGCUAGCCAAGGAAUGCUUGAGCCAGAGACUCACUGAUGAUGUGGGAGAAAGCUUCCAGCCUUUGGAAGGUCUAGAGAAGUUUGCAGAGACCAUAGAGACAGUUUUGAGAAGAGUCAAGGUCACUUUUGUGGAUACCCUUUUGAAAAUCGAACAUGUUCCAGAAAAUUCCAAAACUGGUAUUGCCCUCGAAAUCCGUAUCAAUAAGAUGGUUUACUGUGAUGAGAUGGCAGAGGAAGGUUCCAGUGUGAAUGUUCAUCAGCCAACAACAUUCGCCCACAAAAACCUGAUGCUUGAGGGAGUCACGGUCUUCUGGGAUGAGUUUUCUGAGAUGUCCCGUGCUGGUCUAAAGUCCUCUCCCACUCAAACAGAGACGGAACCUAAGCUGUCCCCAAGUUGGAACCCCAGAAUCAUCUGUGAGCCGCAUCCCCAAUUCACAGAGCCCGUUUCCAUGACAACACCUUUUGAACCUGUGCAGAUCGGCUGUCUCAGUGGCAGGCUGGAACUGUCCCUGGUGCUAAAGCAAAAUGAAGCCAUGCCCGGUGCAAAGUUGGAUGUUGAUGGACAGAUUGAGUCGUUUAUCAUGCUGCUUUCUCCACGGCAAGUCCACCUCUUGAUGGACAUGUUUGGAGUCUUCUCCUGUUCAGGGCAAGACUGGCCUGGAUUGCAUAAAGACCGGAAAAGUCGUCCCAUGCAACAGGAAGACGAGUACAGGCUCCAAAUGGAGCUCAAUCGCUGCUUAAAGAAGGAAACCAUGGCAACAGCCACAGACCAGGACCUGUUUGACAGUCAGACCACCAGAACCGUGUCCAGUCGAGAGGAUGUAUUCUUUUCCAUGGCUGAUAUGGACAUGUCUCACAGCCUAUCACCUCUACCACCUCUUGGGGAUCCGCCCACUGUGGAUUUAGACCUUUCACUCAACAGUAAUUACUCUGCUACCCUAGGGGAGUCUCCAUCUGGUACUACAGCAACGGUUUGGGAUGAGUAUAUGGAUGUCCCGAGGCAGAGGGAGAAACAGGCCCAGGAAGUCCCCCACCUGUCCAGGGACCCCCAGCUCCCCCACAAACUGCUCAGACAAACCUCUCAUCCUUCUAAGGGACACUGUGAUGAGUCCAGGCCAGAGCUUGUGUUCCGGUUGAACGUUGGCAGUCUGGGAGUGUCUGUUCUGCAUAUUGAUCCCCUCCCUCCACCAGACUCCUCCCAGAGUCCUCUCGCACCAAUGGCCUCAGAGUUUUUUCGAAUAGUCUCCUCCGAUCAGUUGAAAGCUGGAGAUUUCCUCCAAUCGAGGGCUGUGUUUGACCAAGCCUGCCCGCAUGACCACCUCAGGUUUGUAGGGCAGGGCUUAAAGGUUACCUAUGAGCACUGUCAGGGUUGCAGUCUGCGGAUGCUCAACACAGACGUGUCACUGGGUAACCUGGAGCUGCUGGAGUGUCUCUUCCCCACAGAGAGCCCCAGUAACACAGCUCAGAGAGCAGCCCAGUACACUGAGCUCCUGACCUUCACUGUCCCAGUGAGCAGUGAUUGUCCUUUACCCCCCUGUCUCCAUCUGCACUACAAACUAACAGAGCGCCGAGGUCCUCAGGGCAGUCAAGUGCGACUGAGCACAAUGCCCCGUAAAGCAGACUUCCAGGUGGAGCUGGGUCAGGCCAGGUCAGAGUGUGACAUCAGCAUCGUUGACCGGCUGAACUCUCUACUGCAGCCUCAGAAGCUGGUGACCACAGAGAUGAUGGCUUCACAUAUGUAUACCUCGUAUAACAAGCACGUUAGCCUGCACAAGGCCUUUGCAGAAGUGUUUUUGGAUGACACCCGCACGCCAGCCCAGUGUCAGGUAGCUGUGUCAGUAAACGCUCCCCUGCUGGUCCUAGUGGUGCGUUUUCCCAUUCCUGACCUCCGCUCAGACCAGGAGAGGGGCCCCUGGUUUAAAAAGUCCCUACAGAAGGAGGUUCUGUGUCUGGAACUGGAGGACCUGGAGUUAAAAACAGAGUUCAGUGGAGGCAGCUCACCAGAGCAGACCAAAAUGGAGCUCACAUUCAGAGAGCUCAGUGGAUCUUUCCAGCAUGACAAAGAUCACGCUGCGUCCAAGUUUUUCCGAGUCGCUCAUUCCAUGGAUGAGGACAUGGCAUCAUCUGACAGUGGCAAAUUUGACUGGCCCAGGGUGGUACUGAAAGUGAAUCCUAUGGCUGUGCACUCCAUCCUGGAGCGUAUAACCGCGGAGGAGGAAGAGGAGGAGGAAGUAGAAGGUCAUUCACAGGAAGAGGAGGAAGAAGAGGGAGCUGCUCACUCACUUAAAGGAGUAUGUGAUUUCGGCAAACCUGAACCCUCCCCAUUCUCCUCACGACGGGUCAUGUACGAGAAUGAAGAGAUGGUCAUCCCGGGAGAUGUUGUGGAGAUGACUGAAUUCCAGGAGAAAACAAUGAGCAAUUCCCGGUUCAUUCUAGAACUUUCUUUUCCCAAUGUCCAGUUAUCUCUACCUAACAAGGCCUUCUAUGAAAAACUACAUAACAGGAUAAACAAUGACUUGUUGCUUUGGGAGCCCACGGCGCCCUCCCCUGUGGAGACGGUCGAGAACAUGCCGUACGGUGUGGGGCUCUCUGUGGCCAGUCAGCUCAUUAACACCUACAGCAAAGACAGCUUCAGUCAGUUUCGCUCCACCGGCCCAGAGGAGGAUGAGAGUGGAUCAGAAGACGAGUCCCUACAGUUCUACUCCACUGCCGAUCUCGGUUACCGGAGCAGGAGAAAAAAGAAAAACAAAAUGCAAACCAAGAACUCUCAGAGUCUCUUUUCACUCAUUCUUUCUGUCAACCAUGGUCUGGUCACACUGCAGACUGAGGCCAAGCUGGAAGAUAAGACAGUGCUGAAAAACAAGCAUGGAGAGUUCUGGAUGGAGCUGAAGAAUGGGAUUCUGUUUAGCGUGACGCAGUACGAGGGCUGUAAAGAUCAACACUAUGUGUGUUUUCACACCAGUAAUGUCUGCCUCUGUCACCACGGCACAGUUGAUGGUGAUGUCCCAGCGUGGGAUGUGAAGCUGCCACAUAGGAUAAGACCGACAUUUCUGGAGCCAGCCGUCUAUGCCUCAGAAUCAGCCCCCGACAGAACAUCUCCCUCUGAGGGCCUCGGUUUGGAGCCUCACAGCAUGCUGUCCGUCGCUGUAAAAAUCUCUGCCCACAACAUGGAACGCAAUGUCAAGGAGUUCUUGAUUGCUGUGGGAAUGAGAGGAGCUACCCUGCAGCAUCGAGUGGUGCCCCCCAGUCUGGGCUGGUAUGACCAAAUAGUAGAUUUCCUAAAUGUGUCAGAUGAGCCAGUUUUGGGCUACACUCCUCCUUCCUCUGUGACUACCCUUCACCUCCACCUGUGGAGCUGCUCGCUGGACUACAGGCCUUUGUAUUUGCCUGUUAGGUCUCUGCUGACAGUAGAGACCUUCAGCAUAUCCAGCAGUGUGUCUUUAGACCACUCCUCCUCCACUCUCAGGAUUAUUCUAGAUGAAGCAGCAUUAUUUCUCUCUGAUAAAAUCAAUGCUGUGUCAGUUAAUCUCGCCAGAGACUACGUGCAGGUGGUUGACAUGGGAACUCUGGAGCUAAGAAUCAUGGCGGUCAAACCAGGAGCAGAUGGAGAGAUGAAAGAGCCGAGGUUUGAAUUGCGCUGCUCCAGUGAUGUAAUUCACAUUAGGACAUGUUCUGACUCCUGCGCUGCACUAAUGAACCUUAUCCAGUACGUGGCCAGUUAUGGGGAUUUGCUUCCCCCUUCUGGAAUGGAGGCCAGAACCAGCAGCAGCUCCAAGCAAAGAGCCAAGCCUGAGGCGCCCUGCCGUCCUCCUUCCCAGGCUCCUUUGCUCCCUGAGGCAGAGCAGCAGAUGCUGCAAGACCUAAUGAGUGAUGCCAUGGAGGAGACAGACUCCCAACAAAACCACACGCUGCAGCAGAAUGGCAUCCAUCUGGAUUUGAUGCAGGAUCACGACCCUCCUCGCUCGGAUCUCUUCCUUUUUCCGGAUGAGAGUGGGAACCUGACGCAGGAGCCUGUUCCCACCUUCAUCACCCUUCACUCUCCUCUCAUCUCUCCCCCCGCCCCCAGCCUGGCCCACGACACCGACGACUUCUGCAUCCUCGAGACCCCUGGAUCCAGAGCAACGGAAAGAGAUGAGGAGCCGGUGGUGCGGAAGUUGACCUCUGACCCUGUUCAAGUGAAGGAGAACUAUUUCAGUGAGCCGCAGGAAGGCGUCUCGUCCAGCAGGGGGCAGAUGCACUUCCCUGUCCCUGAGGUCAGAUAUCUUGUGAGGGAGAUCUCUGUGGUCUGGCACCUCUACGGAGGAAAGGACUUCAGCAGCGGCACAUACAUGUCCUCACCAGCACGCAGUCGAGGGGCCACCCCCCACAGUUCCCCGUCUCAGACAGCUGGGAGACAGCCCAGGAGUGGCUCACGGGCAGGUGGAGGAUGGGGAAGAAAUCCGGACGUGCUGAUGGAGAUCCAGCUUAGUAAGGUGAAGUUCCAGCAUGAAGUUUACCCACAGGUUCCACUGGAACCGGGCUCCAUGGCCGAUCAGCCAGUGUCACGACAGGUCUUUGUGGUCCAGGACUUAGAGAUCCGUGACAGACUGGCCUCCUCAAUGAUGAACAAAUUCCUCUACCUGUACUCCAGCAAAGAGAUGCCCAGGAAAGCUCAUUCGAAUAUGUUGACAAUCCGGGCGUUACACAUGUGUCCAGAGGCAGGCCAGGCCCCGCAGGAGUGCUGUCUGCGUGUGUCUCUGAUGCCGCUCCGUCUCAACAUAGACCAGGAUGCUCUGUUCUUUUUGAAGGACUUUUUCACCAGUCUCGCUGCUGAAGUAGAGCUGUUCUCCCCUCCAGAGCAGGAUGCUCUGUGUGUGUUGAUGAAGAAGCCUCCUGGUCCAGAGGUCUCCUGCAGCUUCUCCAAACAAAGUGGAGGAACAAGCCAAGACCCUGCGCCCAUCAUCUCUGUACCAGCCCAAACGAGGACCAGUCAAAAUGGCCUGAGCUCCUCUAGCAAAGAUGACAGCACAGAAGCAGAGUCUGCCUCCGCAUCCUUCACAGAUCAGCCUCUGUUCUUCAGAGAGUUCCGAUUCACAUCAGAAGUGCCAAUCCGACUGGAUUACCAUGGGAAACACAUGGCCAUGGAACAGGGCACUCUUGCUGGCAUUGUGAUUGGGCUGACACAGCUAAACUGUUCUGAACUCAAACUACGGCGUUUAUGCUACAGACAAGGACUGCUUGGAGUAGACAAACUGUUCUCCUACGCUAUUAAUGAGUGGCUGAAUGACAUAAAGAAGAACCAGUUGCCAGGACUGCUCGGUGGAGUUGGACCCAUCCACUCUCUGGUUCAGCUGGUUCAGGGCUUCAGGGAUUUAGUCUGGUUACCCAUUGAGCAGUACAGGAAAGACGGGAGAAUUGUGCGUGGUUUCCAGCGGGGCACCGCCUCCUUUGGAACCUCCACUGCUAUGGCAGCACUGGAGCUCACGAAUCGUAUGGUGCGAACCAUCCAGGCAGCAGCAGAGACAGCCUAUGACAUGGUGUCCCCUGGACCUGAUGAGAGAGAGUGCAAGAAGAUUAAACGAUUCUCUCAUUAUCGAUUGGCUCAUCAGCCAGUGGACCUCAGGGAGGGCGUGGCCAAAGCAUACAGCGUCGUGAAAGAGGGCAUUACAGACACAGCCUUUACCAUCUAUGACACGGCCACUCGUGAGCACGAGCAGCGUGGGAUGACCGGCGCCGUGGGCGGAGUUUUGCGACAGCUUCCCCCAGCUGUCGUCAAGCCUCUGAUCGUUGCCACGGAGGCCACGUCUAACGUGCUGGGAGGCAUGAGGAACCAAAUUCAUCCAGAUGCCAGACAGGAGGAGUCGCAGAAAUGGCGGCAAGGUGAAGAAUGAGCCCGCUCGCCUUGUAAAUCACUUCCUCGCGGUCAGGAGUGGACCAGCCAUUCUGAAGGAUGUGUGAAGUUGGUGGGCAGCUGGCACCAACUCUGUUUGAUGGCUUGCUUUACUGGCACCCGGACACAUUGUGCCCUAAACAACUGAAGUGAGGCCAGUUUUAUUUUCGGUUUUGCUGCUAAUGCCUUCGGUUAGGGCCUUAGUAGCCACCCACUCACAUUGGCACACAUAUGGGCUAUGACAACAACUGCUUAAUCCAAAAUAAGUUGCCCAAAGCGCAUAGUAACUGUUGCUGGUACUGGCAGUCCGAACCUAGCUCAGCACUUGAUUUUGAUAAUCAUAUUCUCAAUAAACUGGAGUUAAAUGGCUUUCAAAAUAAAAGGAGCAUUACUGGAGUCAAGUACUGUAGUCAGUGCCGCAGUAGAUUAAAAUCAGAUCUUUCCCAUACCUCUCCUUCUUUGUCUUUUGUGGCAUCAGUAAGCCUGUGUGAAGCGACGUAUCUCACCCCAAUGACAAAAGUCCUUGUAGUGCCUUCAUAGCAAUAUUAUAAAAUAUCAUUCACUCAUGAUUUUCACAGUGUGAGACAUGUUUAAGUGGUAUAGAAUCAGAAACAUCGCUGUGCCAUAUAGUCUCCUUACAGCAAACGUUUAAAAUGGACUUUGGCUGCUGUUACCAUUCACUAACGUAAAUAUGAUUUGGAGUGCAUAUCACAGGACUGCUAACUAUCUGAUCUGUAGCUUUUUUCCAGUCUUUUUAAGCUUCGUUGUCAGUCAGUGCUGACAUGUUCACUGUUUUGCAAUAUGAUGUCAGAGCCACACUCACAGACGUGAAAUUGUUGCACUGGACCCAAAUCUCAUGUAAUAAUGAAUGAACGGUAUAGGCUUCAUAAUUCUUGAAAAUCUGUUAAACAGUUUUUAUGAAACCGUAAAAGAGAAAAUGCUCAACAUGUGGAAUGUUUGCGGUUGAAUUGUAGAGACUACCUGCACUUUCUACUCCGUGAAACUCUGCUCACCUAAGCAGUUAUGCAAAUGCAUCUAAAACUUUGCCUUUCUGUUUUUCUGUGAAGUCUGCUUCUUAUCAAAACAGAAGCUGUUCUUAGCAAUGUUCUCAAACAACUGUAUCGCUAAAGAAGUCUUACUAAAUGUAAUUUUUUUUUUUUUUCCAAGUCCAAAAAGUAUGGUAUUUUGUGUUCUUCUCCCGCACCAAUUGUAACUUUGUUGUUGUUUAUUAAUUGUAUAAAUUCAUGCAGAUGUUGAAACAUUGUCCAUCAGUUCUGAUGUAUGAAGUAAAUGUGCCCUGUGCUAUCUGAUAAGCGUUCUAACAGGUCAUGCUUAAUUGUGUAUUCUCUGUGAAAUGGUUUCUUUACAAUGCACAGGAAGACAGCGGCAAAUUGCAGAAAAGUAUUUAGAAACUACUACGUUCACCCAUUUUGGCACCUAGACCAUAUAUAACUGAAUCAGUCAGACAUUGCCUCUGAUUUUUGUUAAUGUGUUUCCUGUAAAAUGUUAGCAUGGAAAGUUCUGUAUCUUGUAUAUAGCUGUACAGUUAAUUUUCUGCAAUUUAUAUGAAGGCAUGUAAUAUCAAAACAAGGGAAAUAAACUAUUUAAUGUCCAGA